AUGGCAGGAGCACAAGAAAUUUCGAGUGGAGAAGAGGCAGUCUCCAGUCAAAGCUUUCCUCGGAAAGGCUCCGAGACGUCCUCGACAAGCGCUGCCUCCCACAAUGGACUUAGUGCCAGCUCCAUCGCACCGAAUGGCAGCAGCGCCACUUCGAGCGCGGUGGACGUGACCACUCCCAGCGUCUCUUCUCGCUCCUCGAGACUGAGCAGCUUGGAGAAGGACGAUUCGAGCGAAGCGCUGCAGAGGAUCCGCAAGCGAUCUUCCUUGUCCCGAGCCGGAUCGCCAAGGUCGCGUUCCGAAUCUGGCUUCUUCGCAGCUGCUCGGACCCAAGAAAAGGGCAUACAGUCGGGAGAGACAAGGUCUUCAGCUUUACCCGUCGGCGCGCUGUCUGCUGGGUUCCUGGCAAAGCUGGUGCAGGGUGUGGUCGACUCGUUGGAAGAUCGUUUGGAGAAUCUGGCCAGCAGACCGGAUUGGAUCGGGACGGCGGCGAGCUUGACGCUGGAGCGUGGGUACUGGAUCGAAGAUCGCAUUGCGGAGGAGGAGAUCCUUAGAAGGGAAGCUAUUGGCGGCAUCGACAACAUGUGGCUGCUCUUGAGCGACACCACUUCCUCCUUUAAUCCAGUUUGUACAGCCACCUUUGUCUUCAAGGAACCGCCUACCCUGGACAAGAUCAAAGAAGCGCUCAAGGUUCAGUCAGAUCUUUUCCCAAAAUACAAGCAGAAAUUGGCAAAUGUAGGAAGAAAGUGGCACGGUGCACACUUUGUAGACGACCCAGACUGGAACGUCAAUAGGCACGUUUCCAUCCAACGACUUCCCGAGCCUGCGAGCAAAAAGGAGUUGGAGGAGUACACGGCCAGAUUCAUCGCCAAAGACUGGGAUUUCGACAAGCCACUAUGGGAGUCGGUCAUCUUCGACAACUUUGUGGAUGCGCAGCGAGGUGCCAAAGGAGCUAUGGUCACACGCGGUCAUCACACUCUCACUGAUGGGCAGGGCUUCUGCUUGUCUCUCUUGAGCGCGACGUCUUUCCGACCCGAGCUGGAAAGAUUGCUCAAUGAUGGAGCAUCCACCUUGAGACUUGCUCGCCGAGGUCGCGCCAAACCUUCUAAGCUUCAUAAAGCGCUCAAGCCAUUGGAUAAAUUUCAAAAUACUCUUUUCUUGCAAUUAGCCAUGCUCGCCUUGUUUUGGAGUAUGUGGAUAGUCUCGCUCGUAGCUGAUGCUUAUGGCAGCAUCGAGCAGGGUCUCGUCAUUGGGUUUUGGUGGCUCUUUACGGCGUGGAGACAGCGCUACGCCACUACGACAUACCACGGUCCUCGUGUCAAGGGCAAAGAAUUCUCCACGAGCAAAGCCUUCGAGAUGGAUGACAUCAAGACGAUCCAGAAAGCCUUCAGUGGACCCACACCCGGAGGUAUCAUUGAUCAGAUCAGCGGUCGAAGAGGCAAAUACAUAUCUGGACACAUCACGCUCAAUGAUGUGCUGUGCACCGUCAUUGCGGAUGCGAUUAUCGAUGAAAUGGACGACAUGGACGAAGACCCAGCUCACCACCCUCCAGGGCUAUUUUCUUGGAUUCAACGCUCGGCCAAUGCUUUGCUGCCCUCCCGCAUCGCGCUGAUGAUCCCGAUCAGCAUUCGCCCUAUUUCCAACACGAGCAUGAGCAACUGGUCCACGGGCUCCAUCGCCUACCUUCCCUGCGGCAGCGCCAAGGAGGGUCUGCCGACUGGGGCUAAGGCAAUGCACAGACGCUUAAAGGGCAACUCUAGGGCGCUCAAUACCCUCAAGAGAGGCUGGCUGCCUACGCUUAGCUUUUGGGCCAUUCAGUUGACUGGUCAAGCUCCGAUUUUGUACCCCUCCGCACUUUGGACACCGGUGUCCGCCGUAGUUCGCUGGUGUCUUGAAUUCACACUGUGCUCCUUCACCGCUGUGCUCACCAAUGUACCCGGUCCACCGGGUGAGGUGCACCUGGCAGAGUCGGAAGUGGUGCAAUGGACAGCUUCGCCUCCUCAAGCGGGCAAGAACACGCUGGGUAUCGGCAUCAUUUCAUUCAACAAGCGUUGCUGCGUCACCAUUGUAGCGGACCACGUUGUCGAUUGCCCUUCAGAAGGCGUCGCGGAUCGAAUCACCCACAAGGUGGAGAGGAGAUUCACGCAGUACUUGGAGGUGGCUAGAGACAUUCUGAAAUCUGCGGAAAAGAAGAAGAAGAGGAGAGAAAGUAACGCUGCUGGUAUCUCCAACUGA